AUGGACUUGUCUCGCCAUCAAGCUGAUUUCAAAUUAGGCGAUACCAAUGGCCACUACCUGACUGAUAAGGGUAAGAUGCAAGCCCAUCUGCUCGCUCGACGCUUCAGAGACCGCGGGGUGCGCUUUACCCAGGUAUUCUCUUCGGACCUCGAUCGAGCCAUGGAGACGGCGCAGGAUAUCUGCCAGCAGCAGCUGAGUAGCGGACCCUUCCUGACCCCGAUUCAAACCUCGAACCUGAGGGAGCAGUCGUUCGGCUCCCUUGAAGGGACAAGGUGGAAGUCUGGUGCUCCUGGGUCCAGUAUCAGCUCUCCGGAUGCGUUGCGCGGGGGCGAGCCAUCCUACACCGAGGAGGAGUCGGUUGUCUCUAUGCGCACUCGCGUUAACGCCUUCCUGCAGGACUAUAUCGUGCCGUUGCUGGUGAAUCUUGAUACGACGAAGCCGGAGGAGGUCAUCGCUGUCGUAUCCCACGGUGUCAUUCUCCAGGUUCUCUGGGUCUGUCUCGCUGAUCUGUUCAACCAAAGAGACAUCCACAUUGGGGCUGGGGCCGCCCGCGCCGACUUCGGGGACUAUGUGCGACCUGUGUGGUCGAACACCGGUGCCAUGGAACUCGAUAUCCGGCCCUCCACGAUUGCAGGCCCCGCUGUCCGUGACGCCGCGAGUCCGCCUCCCUUCUUGUUGGGGGUGUUGCAGCAGCGCGAGUCCUUCGAGGCUCUGCUCUCUAGCUGGUCUAUGACUGUCAUGUCUGUCGAUGACACAAGUCAUCUGGAUAUGGCGCAGCAAGUUGAGCGCACCGGCGGUACUGUACGGAACACGCUUCAACCGUCAAGGCAGGAGUCGACGAACCAGUUCUACCGACUUACUGGGACAGUUUGA